AUGAGCUUCCAAACGCUGCAAGAAAAGGUCGCUUUUUUCGAGGUGCUGGACACUCUCAGCGAGACCAUCAGUGAUGACGAAAAAUUCGACACCAAGGAACAAGAACAUCGCGCAAGAAGCAAGGCUUUCUUCAGUUCCAAGGCGAAACCAAAGCCAAAGUCAAAGACAAACAUCCCGACAAUUCCUCAUACACAGCCGGUAGCGACAACUUCGACUCCACUCUCCAAAACAUCGCGACUCGACAUCAUCAAAGCCACCCCCGGAACACAGAAUCUGCGAAAGACUGCUCUCAGAAACACAAGAGAUCUGGCCAAUGUCUCGGAUACUUCCUUUGUUGUAACAGAAACACCACAACCAAGCACAAGCUCAGCUCGGCCGGUUCCUCCGUCGCUACAGAGAAGUGCGACGUUGCCCACACCGUCAACAACUAGACUUGUUUCGUCUCCUACUCAGCAAUCUCCGUCUGGCAAAUCGUCUACGAGGAAACGGAAGCGCCAAUCCGAGACAAGAGCUGUACUCGAAGCAGACCAGAUACUCCGCACUCUCUCGUUCUUCUACAUUCCCAAUGACGACGUUGCCCCCGCUCGCAGACUGCGCAUUGCCAGAGCCCAGGAAUACGGGGCCAAGUGGGUUCGCUCUCUGACCGAGGCUACUCAUGUCAUUGUCGAUAAGCGUCUCGUCUACAGUGAUAUCCAAACUAUUCUCGAGACUACCCCUACGCCAUCUGCGCCAGUCGUUGUUAACGAAGAAUAUCCCAUGGAUUGUAUUCAGUUCCGCACUGUUCUUAACCCGGACCAGGCUCGCUAUCACAUUCCUGGACGGCCUCCUCAAGGUUCAUCGACAAUGACUGUACAGACAGCAGAUACCCAUGCUGCAUCGCAGAUUUCCAAUCAGUCGCUACAGGUCAAGGUCUCAACGGCGAAAAGGAGAAAGCAGGUCCCUAGCUCGCAGGAUAAAACACAAUCACAGAGUGGGGAGUCAAUUCCUCAUGCCGAGUCGGUCGAUGUACAUGAGAGGCACGAUAAGCUUGUGGUUGAGGAGCAAACAGCUGCAGAUUUGGAGGAUGAUGACUACAUACCAGAACCGAGACCACCCAUCAUCCCAAGCCUACUCUCUGGAGCGCAUCAGUCAACAAGUAGUCUACCGAAAAUAUCAUGUAAUCGUCAAGACGGGCCACCUAAAGAUGAUCCGAAGGACGAGCUUUCGGGGUGUAUCGAACUCCUACAGCAGUACAAUGAUCUCCCCUUGGACGAUCCGCUAGAAGAUGAUGCUCAAUCAGUCACCUCUCACCAAGAGGAGACAAUUUCGGAAUCUGAAGUGGAGGAGGGCUCUGCAGACGAACAUGCCCAUAAGCGCCGCUCACAAAGAACACGCCUAGCUACCCAGAAAAAGAUUGAAUUUGAAGAUCGGUUUACCUGGAACAAGGGAGGGACUAAGGACAAAGUCACUGAGUCACAAAACCCUAACGCCAGAACAAUUGAAGUUCUCCAGUUGAUGUGCGACUGUUACAGCCGGAUUUCUGACCAUUGGCGCACUACAGCCUACCGCAAAGCUAUUUCUACUCUCAAACGCCAGAACACCAAGAUUACCACAGCAGAGGAAGCAUACCGUCUCCCCAACGUUGGGAAAAGGCUGGCCGAAAAGAUUGAAGAAAUUGUCACAACUGAUUCCCUGCGACGCCUGGAGUAUGCUCAAGACUCUCCGCUAGACCACGUUCUCGCCACCUUCCUCAAGAUCUACGAUGUCGGGACAGGCCGUGCCAACAAGUGGAUUUCGAAGGGCUUCAGGACAUUGGACGACUUGAAACAGAAAGCAAAUUUGACGCCCAAUCAACGGAUUGGUAUUGAACACUAUGAAGACCUGAAUACGCGCAUUCCAAGAAGCGAGGUAGCUGCUCUAGGCGACUACAUCAAGAAGGAAGCAGCGCAGAUCGAUCCAAUUGUCGAGCUGCUGAUAGGUGGGAGCUAUCGGCGUGGAGCUGAGAGCUCAAGGGAUGUGGAUUUCAUUGUUACCAAGAAGGAUACCACCUCAUCAGCCGACCUGGUUGCCUUCUUCGAGCGGCUGCUCAAGGUGCUUACGGACAAGGGUUGUGUUGUUGCUACUCUAUCAGCGCUUAACACAACCCGGCCUGGGAAGGAUGGACCAGGCAGUAAAUGGCUUGGCUGCUGUGUGCUUCCACGGGCACACGAACCCACAAACGACAAGGUGAAAACCAGGAGGUCAGCCAAGUCAGCGUCGCCCAAAACUCCACAACCUGUAUGGCGCAGAGUAGAUUUUCUGCUGGUUCCUGAAACUGAGUACGGCGCUGCGUUGAUCUACUUCACCGGUAACGAUAUCUUCAACAGGAGCAUGCGUCUACUUGCAUCGAAGAAGGGAAUGCGGUUGAACCAGAGGGGUUUGUACAAGGAAGUGAUGAGGGGACGUGAUCGAGUCAAGGUCACGCAGGGAGAGUUGGUUGAGGGCAGAGAUGAGAGAAAGAUCUUUGAGAUCCUUGGUGUCAAUUGGCGCGAACCAGAGGAGAGAUGGUGUUAA